ACCGACGUAUCGAUGUUAGUUCCACCUCUAGCAAACUCGCAAAUACAAUCUCACGAUCAUAGGAAUUUUUAAAGGCAAUUUUUGAAUAAGGAUAGAUUGCCAGCUGGUGUCUCGCCUUGCCCCACGAUGUCGGACAACUCCGCGCCCAAGGCCUCGGCCACAAAGUCAAGCCUCAGUGACUUGCGGCAAUUUCGCAUCAACAAGGGUGCCGCCGCCGCAGCUGGUCUUGCGAAAACAGAGCGCGUGCCAGGCAAGAAGCGUAUUUCUGUGAUGGCUGACAGUGACAGCGACGGUGCCGACUGCCAGACUCCCAAGAAGACCAAGCUGGAGCUGACCGUCAAAGAGAAGGAGGAGCGGUAUAUGGCAGCAGCGAAAAUUUCGCCCCAGUACGACACGAUGGCGAUUCAAGAGUCACUCUCGCGCACCAAUUGGGACGUGGCCGCCUCUGUGCGGUACCUGAGGGAGAACUGCAAGCCCAAGAUCCAAGGGGCUAAUGGGCCACUUGUUAAACCUAAGCUGGUGCCCAGCUCGAACGGAAUCAGUGGCACGUCCCACGGUGGCUACUCUGAUAACGACUACUCGGACGACGAGGAUGUCAAGCAAUCCAAGGAUCAGGUAUACGACAGCGAUGACAGCGACACCGAGAUGGCCAGCAAGAUGACGGGUCAGCGCAAAAAGGUUUUCCAGUUCAUGAACGAGGCUACACUUAUGGAGUUACAAAGUGUGAAGACACUCUCAGAAAAGAAGGCAGCAGCUAUCAUUGAGCUGCGCCCCUUUGAAGACUGGGCCGGAUUGCGAAAGAAGCUGGAGACUGUCAAGUGUUCGGGAGACCUGCUGAACUACGCCCAGGAUUUGAUUAAUAAGCAAAAUACGGUGGCCACCAUACUGAGCAAGUGCAACAAUAUGGUGACGCGUCUAGAGAAGGCCAUCUCCACUGGUGCGGGCAUUGUGGAACAGCCCAAGCUCCUCAGCAGCGGCUUGCAAUUGGCAGACUAUCAAAUCAUUGGACUCAACUGGCUCACAGUGAUGCACAAGCAGGAGAUGAAUGGCAUUUUGGCUGACGAAAUGGGUCUGGGCAAGACCAUUCAAGUGAUUGCAUUCCUGGCUUACCUCAAGGAGAACAGUCUUAGCCAGGCGGCGCACUUAAUUGUGGUGCCGUCUUCCACUCUGGAUAACUGGGAGGCGGAGAUCAGCCGCUGGUGUCCCAAUCUAGUUGUGGAGAAAUAUCACGGUUCGCAAGACGAGCGCCGAAGAAUGCGUGCACGCUAUGCUAAAGAUGGAUUUUCAGGCUUCGAUGUCCUGCUGACGACCUAUCACAUUGUCGGCUCGACGCCCGAGGAAAGGAAAAUGUUCCGCGUGUGCAAACUAGACUACGUUAUUUUCGAUGAGGCACACAUGCUUAAGAAUAUGACCACGCAGCGGUAUGCCAAUCUCAUCACCAUAAAUGCCAGGAGUCGCAUCCUCCUCACCGGCACUCCGCUGCAGAACAACCUGCUGGAGUUGAUCUCCCUAUUGUGCUUUGUGAUGCCAAAGUUCUUUGCCAAGAGCAUCGAGGACAUUAAGACAUUGUUUGCCAAGAAAAGCAAAACCGAUGGCGAUCAGGAAGAGGUGUCACAGUUCCAGGAGACACAGAUCCAACGGGCAAAGCGUAUAAUGAAACCGUUUGUGCUUCGCCGCCUCAAGAAAGAUGUCCUUAAUAACCUGCCCAAGAAGCUAAGCCUUGUGGAAAAAGUAUCCAUGAGCAAUCAACAGAAGCAGUACUAUCAUGAACUGGUCGAGUAUUAUUCCAAUAACAAGGGCGAAAUCUGCAGCAGCAGCGAUCGAGCCGCCAUGACGAUCAUGAUGGAGAUGCGUCGCAUUGCCAACCAUCCACUGCUAAUGCGUCAUUAUUUCAGCGACGAGAAUCUGCGGGACUUCUCUAAACGCCUGGCCAAAUGCAGUUCCUACAAGAAAACAAAUGAGCAGUACAUUUUUGAGGAGCUGGCCAUUAUGUCCGACUUCCAAGUUUAUCAGUUAUGCCAGAAAUACGAGUUGUUUGACGUAAAGAUACCCGACAAGUUAAUAUGCGAUUCAGGGAAAUUCGAGUUCCUGGACGAGUUACUUCCAAAGUUGAGGGAAGAGGGACAUCGUGUGCUGCUCUUUAGCCAGUUUACCAUGAUGCUGGACAUUGUGGAGGAGUAUCUGCGAAUAAGGAAGCAUGGAUUCUGUCGCCUCGAUGGCUCGACUGCGGUAAAGGAGCGUCAGGACUUGAUCACCGACUUCAAUGUGGACGACAAUAUCUUCGUGUUCCUGCUCUCUACCAAGGCUGGGGGCGUGGGCAUCAACCUGACCGCCGCCGAUACCUGCAUUAUUCACGAUAUCGACUUCAAUCCGUAUAACGACAAGCAGGCCGAAGAUCGUUGUCACCGCAUGGGUCAGCAGCGUCCUGUCACCAUUUAUCGCCUCAUAUCGGAGAGCACCAUUGAAGAGGGCAUCCUGAUGUCCGCCGAGGAGAAGCUAAAGCUGGAGAAGGACAUCACGUCCACCGAAAAGGGCGAGGUGCACGAACAGCGGUGUGUGGUCAAGCUGCUAACUACAGCCCUGGGACUUGACAAGGACCAGGAGGAGCAACUCAACAAUUCGUUGAGCAACUCCAUAACCUCGCCCCAGAAAUAGGCAUGCUAUACAUCGUCCUCGUCCUGGUCAACACCUUCGUAUUUAUAUUCGCCCGCUACAGAUGAACUGGGCACGCACUUCCUUUCACUGACAGAAAUAAUGUUAAAAUCUUUUUAUUAAUUUUAGAAAACAAUUGUAUUUAUCGUAUCUUAUAUUUGUACUAAAGAAUAGUUAGAUAUGGUCGGAGGUCUGCUCGCAUUGGGCCAUAAAUUUAUUUAGGACAACUUUCCUCCGGUAAGAUGUCAGCUGUUUUUACUAGCCACCCAGUACAUUUCCACAUAAACACAGGCCAACACGACCAAGUGUUCUGUUCCGUUGAUCCAUGUUUCCUGUUUUAUUUAGUUUCCGUAAGCGUGUAAGCGUGUUUUGUAUCAAAUUAACCACUUUGUUUAUGUUUAAGGAUUAAUAACAUUUGUGUACGAAAGUCGAUCUGUCGAUCUAUGGUGCCGGUGUGUCAGUUCGGAAAGCUUGGCAACCCUCGCGGAGCGGAUUGCUCUUGCCAUUUCCCACGAGUUUCAUUUGUUUGUGUGCUGCGAAGAGAGGCGUUGCCGAGAGAGCUACUCUGUUUCGGAGAGCUUUCGGUUUGGCUGCGAUCUCGACGUCGGUGGCGAUUCAUCACGUCUUUAGUCUUCAACUGAUCGCUCGCGCCGAUGAUUUAAUUUUUAAGUUAAAGCCUGCGCCCAGUGAAGUAGCCAGCAGCGGCAGCGUUACUCACAUCCAUACAUACGUGCGAAUCUACAUACAUACAUAAAUAGUACCUAAAUCGAUAAAUAGAUACACCCCGCCAUACCAACUACUGUGUCUCCACGAACCCAUUAAAAAUGACUCGUAUGUGUACGUAUGAGUAAUCCGAGCAAGAACUAUAUAGCGAGCGAUCUGCAUGAAAGGAGAGCAAAUCACGCAGAAAGAAACGAACGAAAAUAACGCGAACAAAACACAAAAAUAAAACAAAAAAAACAAUACGGAGAACUCUGUAACUGAAACAAUUGACGAGCACAACGAGCCGAGAACGAGCAGCACAAAGCAACAAACCGAAAAUAGACGACAUCCACGCAGCAGCAGCAGCAACAGCAACAAGCACCAUCAAUUGUGAUCACUGAGCGUGUGUGUGAGCGCUACUGUAUCUGUAUCUGGAGAGGCGCUGGUAUCCAAAAGCGACAGGAAGGCAGAAAGGAAGGAAUAUCGGAAUUGCCGCCCUCUUCAAAAUAUUAAUUAAAAACGCUUCGGCACUGCUUAUGGCUCGACUUGGCGCGCAUGCCAAGCAUGAUUAAACGAGACACGAAAGAACGUAUCUACGAAGUAGAUAAAUAUCUUUACACGAACAACUGAGCUGCAGCACCACCAACAAUCGAAUCGACGAAAAACAAACGCAACGCAACGCGACGCACAAACAAACCCAUCUAUCUAUAUACACUCUAUUGUGAGAGAUAGAUAAACAAAAGCUCAAGCAGAAACAGCAGCAACGAAACAAUUUGGAGGAAACAACACAUUUGCACCAAAAGACCCAGCAAUCUGACUCUGCACAAAGGGAGCAAACACAUCCCUGACAUCGUAUUAAGGAGGCAAUUCAAC